AUGACACGAACCGACGAAAGAAUGCCUGCGGAAGCUGCCAAAGCUCAACCACUAGGUCAAACAGACAAUGCAGAAUCACGUAAUGAAACGAAAAUGAAUGAAAACACUAGGAUUGAGAAUAAUCUGAAGGCUUUAGAUGACUUAUCUUAUGCAUCAUCGCUGUCUUCAACGCCAAUCCUAAAGCUCAAAGGGAAAAGUCCAAAAGCGAAAGUCAAUAAAUCCACAAAAACUCCGACUAAGACAUCCAAGUCAUCAAAGUCAUCCAAGUCGCCCUCCAAAAAGACCAACAAAGGAGAAAGCAAAGCUAGUGACACCAAAACAAAGAAGAAGCCUUCCAAAUCCAAGAAGACUAGUAGCAGCAAUAGCAAGAAUGUCAGCGAGCAAAAGAGCAAACCAAAGUCCAAGAAGAAAAGUCGGCCUUCGAAAAGUGCCGACACGGACGAACCACCCAAAAAAAAUGAGGACAAAGUGGCCUUGCCUCCAAAUGGAGUGAUGCAGACUACCGCUUUGAAGACGCUAACGAAAAAUCAUUCGGAGAAUGGUGCUUCCUCUCGAAACGGUGAUAACAAAAUGGCAAAGACUAGUUCCUCACCACAGCAGCAGUCGGAUAAAAAUGCUACAGAUGAUGCUUUGACCAGUAUGAUGAAAUUAGAACCAGUCGAAACUACGAAUCACACCAAGAAAAAGUCAAAGUCGACGACAAAGAGUAAUAACUGUGAUGGUGGCAGCACUCAUGAUUCUGAAGAUGAGGAAGAAGAAGCUGCUUGCUGUCUCUGUCAUUGUGGGGUUGACUGCAGUGAUCGUGCUUUGUUUUUUGCAAAAGACAGAAAGAAGGAAAUCCAAGACAGUGAUGAUGAUCAAGAGUAUUACUUUGGAUUGGACGAUCCCUACUUGCCGCAAGAAAUGUAUGAUCCACACAAUGCCUUGGUUUACUGUGACGGUUGUGACCGAAUGUAUCAUCAAAAGUGUCACUUUGUUCCGAUCCUAAAAUUGCCACAGGGCAAUUGGAAUUGCUUGAUUUGCAAUAUGAAAACCACUCACAACAAGGCUUGUCUACCAAUCCGAAAUGAUCCCAAAACAUUCUUUGCAAGUCCUCCGAAUCCCUCUUCCACCGAAAUGGAACGCAAAUUUGAAUUCGACACCAAAACGGAAAAGGCCAAACUGUGGCAACGGCAACUCAAGAGCGUCAAGACGUUUUUGAGUUCUCAAGUAUCCAAUAUUCGGUUGGCAACAGCGGCACUAGAUACACUCACCAGUGUCAAACGGAAUCGGGCCAUGAUUCUAUCCAAUCGGCGCAAAUCGCAGGAGUUGGCGCAAACUAUACUGAGAAUGACUGCUGCCAAAUUCAAGAUACGGCAGAUCCUGCAAAGUUUGGAGAGUUUGCGAGUAUCCUCCUGUACCAACAGCUUGGAUCCAAUCAAGGUGGGAGAAUGGUGCCAGGCAAAUCCAAAAGACGCAUGUCAUGUGGUUCCUCACGGGAUUGACUACUUUUUGAAUCAUCGACGAGUGACGCCUCGGACUGCCGAAAUGAAACUGGACCAAGAACGUAAAAAGAAAGAGCAGCAAGAGGCUUCCAAGGAUGCGAUUCCAUCCGAGAUUUUAUGUUCAUCGCCCUCUGAAAAGGAAUCAUCUAGUGGAGACAAAAAUAACGACAACAAUGACGACAAAGACCAGUCCAAAGAAAGCAGUCCUUCCAAGAAAGAGCAAAGCACGGCGACGAGUAAGACUGAGGACGAUGACAGUGGAAUCACUUUGGACGAUCUUCAGUGUUGCAUUUGCAUGGUUGGUGAUUCUACGGAUGACAAUGACGUGCUUCUGUGCGAUGGGGAAGGAUGUUACCGUGCCUUUCAUAUGAAGUGCAUUCACCCCGAAAUCAAGCUUCAAGAUUUGGAGGAUGAAGACGAGGAUUGGUUCUGUCCCCUUUGUGCGGCUACUGCCAACUAUACGCACGGUAUUUAUGACGCCCUUCGGGAGGGCGGCGACGACGAAAGUGACGACGAAGAAGAAAAAGACAAGGAGGAAGAUGAAGACGGAUGGGAUACUCCUCACGAUGUCUUUCCAAACUCGAAAUGGGAAUACGAGACUGCAGUCAAGUUUUCUCGAGGAAAGCAGAAUGAUGAUACGAAUGAAUUGUUGGCACUGUACUUGGGUGAUGACGUUGUUGGGACCACGAAGGUUGCCACUCCCAUGGGCUCGGAUUCCGAAGAUGAAAAUGAUUACUCCCUUUUCGAUGAAGAUUCCUUUGCGGAGAGACAGAAAAGAAAGGACCAAGACGACGAAGAAGACGACGAAGAUGAUGGCGAUAGAUCGAGUCAGGCGACAUGGCUAUCAUCCAGCGUUGAAAUGAAUAUUGACAAGGCCGAGCUAAAUGCCCUUUCUGAAGUAGAGAACAGCGAUAGUGAUGAAAGCAGCUCAGACUCGGUUGCUCGCCGCCGCAGCCGGCGACUCCGGUCUACUACAGAAACAGGUCAAGCGCAACUUAAAAUUGGUGUGGAUUUCGACAAAGGGAAUAUUGUCGAAGGGAAGCGACGACGAAAGUCGGUUGACUAUCGCAAGCUGAACGACACUCUCUUUGGAAAGUUGACUGAAAUGCAAAAGGCCAACCUUGAUGACGGUGCAGACUACGAGACGAAGCGAAAUGCAAAACGGAAAUCCACUGGCGAGAAUGGGAAUACGACGAAACGAGCAAAAUCAAAUAACUCGUCCGCGGAUUCAUCGAAUGUCGCUAACUCCACCGCAAAGCAGAGUGACCCUCCAAGCGAGAAUGGCUCUGUUGCCAAUAAAAGCAGUGCUGACACCGAAAAUGAAAACGAUUCGGAUACUGGCAAUAAUGGGUCCGGUAGUGAGAAGGAUUCGGAUGGAGAUGAGGAGUCACAAAGCGAGAAUAAUUCAAGUAGCGAAGCUGGCUCUGGCAGUGACGAUGAUGAUUCGGAUAGUGGAAAUGAUUGA